GUGUUUCACCUACUUUCGUCGUCACUGCAGGCCUCGAUCAAGGCUGUGUCAUACAAGGGUUGUUAAGGGAAUAUUUAUAGAAAUAUAUAAUCGGCUUAAAUUCUCAAAAGCCAAGAUGAAGAUCGGAUUACUGAAAAAUUUUUUGCACUACUUUAAUCUGAGGCAGGGAACCAUACUAAUUGCCAUAUUUCAAUUGUUUUCAUCCGGAUUCAGUAUGAUAUUUUUCAUUCUGGCACUAGCACAUGCAAUGGGAAUUCAAGAAAUGGUAGUGAGAGACACCGAAGAUGCUCUCGAAAGAGAAGCUUUGGAAGAGAUAUCAUCGAAUCAUCUCAAUACCAAAAAGAUGGAUUUGGCACAUCAUAAUGCAACUGAAAUGGUAUAUGCAAUGUACUGUGGCCUUGUCAUAACAGUUAUUCAUUUCAUCUCCACCAUGUUACUCCUCUAUGGAGCUUUAACGAAUAAUCGUCAUUUUAUGGCGCCUUGGAUGAUGGUCAAAAUCACUAUCAUAUCGGCUUUAGCGAUCUCACUAUUUCUGGUAGAAGAAGAUUGUCCUUUCCUUGCCACUUUAGGAGGGAGAGCGGGUCUUUGCGAACGUCUUAUUGCCUUUUUCCUGAUAAUUAUGAGCUUUUACGUUUGGUUCGUCGUGUACAGUACUUAUAAGAGUCUUGAAACAAAGAAAGGACUCACGCACGAAGUGCAUAGUAUGAAAAAAAAGUACGCGGUUCCCGUACCACUGGAAGUACCAAAAGCGAUCCAGGUUUCGGCGAACAAACCCUACGAACUUUAAAAAUAUUAUGAUGGAGAUAAAACAACGAAAAAUUUCGUUAAUGUGAAUGAGAAGACCCCUGUGACUUCGCAAAGAUAUGAGAUUGAAUUGCGAAGAAUUUUCUAUGGCAUGCAUAUUCUCAAGAGAAAAUGUACUUUCGAAGAAAUCUUGAAACUGGGAUAGCAAUUAAGGGAUGAUUGCAGAAUCGCAAAGAAAAUGUGUCGAAAAUGAAAAAUUAAUUAACAACGUGGACGCGAAGUUUCAUAAUAAAAAGUUUUGACGUAGGACAUGAAGAUAAAUGAAAAAAUAUUAUUGUACAAAAAUCGAGAAGUCCUGCAAAAAAAGGACAUGCUUCUUACAUUUAAAUAUUUCUUCUUGUUCUUGCCUGGUUAAAGUUAUGCCGCUUCUUUACGUUUGUGCGUUAAGACGGCUCUUUAAUUCGACGCACAGAUGCUAGUGUUGUUAUAUUUAAAUUAUGUCUCUAAUUGAAAAUUGCAUAUCCACUAUACGCACACGUAUGACACACAUAAGUUCUGGAUUUUCACCUGUCAGAAUUCUGACAGAUAAAAUAAUCGUAACUUCAAGAUUAAUCUCACUGCUAAAGUGCGCGCACUUCUUUUCGCGCGCAAGACUGAAUUUAAUUUUUUAAUAUAAUGCGAAAUAUUCAAGAUUUGCGCUCGGUAGAUAGUUCUUGACAAUGUGAAAAAAAUUUUACAUGAUGAAACAUAAAAUUAAUUUACUAAAGAAAUAGCAGCAGAACUCCACGAGUCGUGGUAUAUAUAUAAUUAUUAUUUUAUUUCAUAUUUAAACCCAACUUCUUUGUGAAAUUACAACUUUGUUAUUUGCGGUAAUAUCCGUGUGAUAUAAAGUUUGUAGGGUCACUUCUUGUGUAUAUGUAUAUUAAAUGUAUGGAAAAACGGAAAAUAAAAAUUACAAUACAUUCCAGUACGAUACAUAUAUGUAUAACGUGUAUAUGAUAUGAUUCGGCUAUAAAACAAAGACAUAUUCAUUUAA